AUGUCGGUCUCCGACGUCACCGCCGCAAAUGUUGCAGAAGUCCUUCAGAACGACCGCAUGGUCAAGGUGGCUGGCAUCGACGUGGACGGCCAGCUGCGCGGCAAGCUCAUGAAGAAGACCAAGUUCCUGUCCAUCGUGUCCGAGGGGUUUGGCUUCUGCUCGGUCAUUUUUGGCUGGGAUCAGCAUGACAUGACGUACUACCGGGAGCUGGCCAUCAGCAACAAGGAGAACGGGUAUCGCGAUCUGGUCGCAGUGCCAGAUCUCAGCAGUUUCCGGCGCAUUCCCUGGGAGAACAAUGUGCCCUUCUUCCUGCUCAGCUUUUUGGACCCAGACACGCGCGAGCCAGUCUGCGCGUGUCCGCGCGGGCUGUUGACGCAAGCGGCGGCGAAAGCCGAGGCUGCGGGCUAUCGCGCAAUGGCAGGAGCGGAGUAUGAGUUCUACCAGUUCCGUGCCCCAAGCGAUGACCCCAGCCCCGAACGCGCAGCAUCCGCCACCGCGCCAUUCCUGCGGACACACCCGGUCGAUGCCUUGCCAUCCAUAACAGAGGGGAUGUUCGGGUACUCCAUUACCCGUCCGCUUCAUAACCAGGAGUAUUAUUACGGCAUCUUUGAUGCCUGCGAGCAGUUCCGCUGCGACAUUGAGGGGUGGCAUACAGAGAGUGGACCGGGUGUCUUUGAGGCUGCAUUGCAAUUCGGCGAGGCCAAGGAAAUGGCCGAUAAGGCAGGCUUGUUCAAAUACGUCGUCAAGGCCUACGGCAUCAAGCACGGGAUCACGCCAUGCUUCAUGGCCAAGCCGCGCCAUGGACUUCCCGGCAACAGCGGCCACAUGCACAUCUCCCUCGUCACCGCAGAUGGGAAGAACGCCUUCAUCCGCGAUACACCCGAUCCCUCCCCGCCCUACCCGGACGUCGCACACCUGUCAGAUCUUGGUCGGCACUUCCUGGCGGGUCUGCUGGUGGGCUUGCCGGACAUCAUGCCCCUCUUGGCCCCGACCAUCAACUCCUACAAGCGUCUUGUCGAGAACUUUUGGGCACCGGUUACCGUCUCAUGGGGCCUCGAGCACCGCGCGGCAUCCAUCCGCUUGAUUACGCCGCCGACCGCCAGCGCAAAGGCCACCCGCUUGGAAGUCCGGGUCCCGGGCGCGGAUGCCAACCCGCACUUCGUCCUCGCGGCCAUCAUGGCCCUGGGGUGGCGGGGAGUGGAGAAGAAGCUGGAGAUUCCCGUCCCUCCGCUGUCCAAGGGCGAGGACAUGGGUGGAGCUAGCGACCAGGGCGUGCGGUUGGCCAAGUCGCUGAAGGAGGCCGUGGCCACGUUCACGCGGCCGGACAGUGUUGCGCGUGAGGUGUUUGGGAAUUCCUUUGUGGACCACUUUGGCGGGACGCGAGAACAUGAGGUCCGCUUGUGGGAGGAGGCCGUGACUGAUUGGUAA